CAUGCAAUAAUGUGUCCUGACUCUGGACCGAAUCCAGAACGGUUCCAUUGUGAUGCACCAAUAGUCAAGCGGGAGUGGAGGGGAUAUAUUUGCAUGCAGAGAUGUGAGUGUGUCAGUGCAUCAAUCGUUUGAGUGCUAGUUUGAUUCCUAUACUUGCCAUUUGUGAUCGACUUUACCUUCAAGAAACAAUAAACAGCAGUUAUGUCUGAAGGACCGAGAGAACCAAAAUAUUCAGCCACACGCCGACUGCACUUGAAGUCCAUCUUGCUGAGAAGGGCCACCUCGAUGCUUUUGGCUGAAAGCGAAGAGAAAAGAGUGGAGAAGGAAAGAUUCCUUGCUGAAUGUUUCCCUCAGCCGAAGACCUCAGACCUGUCAGUCCAACAACUCCAGGAACUGUGUAAAGAGCUACACAGAAAGAUUGAUGUCACAGAUGAAGCUCGAUAUGAUAUCGCGUUGAAGGUGGACAAAAAUGAAAGCGAGAUUGAGUCACUGAGACAGAAGAUUGCCUCGCUGAAGGGGGUCCGGCGUCCCAGCUUAAAGAGGGUGAAGAAAAAUACAGAAAACUUGCUGGGCGCAUACUCCGACCCCUCCAAACUCAUGAAGGCUGAUUUCAAGGCCAACCUUAAGACAGUGAAGAAAGAAGAUGAAAAACGGGAAGAAGUGAUUGAUUGGCGUAAGAAUGUGGAGGCCAUGUCCGGCAUGGAGGGCAGGAAGAAGCUGUUUAACUCUGGACAGUAGCUAAACUCGUCACCAUAAUUGGUUCGGGGCAUUAUUUUGAAUGGUGAAUGUGCUUUUUACCAGUUUGGACAACUGUGAUUAAAACAUUACAAC